ACAGCUUCCAGACAGCCAGGGAUGGGGAAAAGGGGUCACCAAAGGGCAGUCACACAUCCCCAGCAGGCUGGGUUGUGGCUUCAGAGCCUGAUAGAUCUGAGUUCCAGUUCCAACCCGGGGUCUUCCCUGCUGAGCCACUUCAGGGUCAGUCUGGGGUUCUAGCAGCCGGCACCAGCCCUCCCGGCCCAUCCCCCACCUGCCCUGGGGAAGAUGCCCGAGCAAAGCAACGACUACCGUGUGGUGGUGUUCGGGGCGGGCGGCGUGGGCAAGAGCUCCUUGGUGCUACGCUUCGUGAAGGGCACGUUCCGUGACACCUACAUCCCCACCAUUGAGGACACCUACCGGCAGGUGAUCAGCUGCGACAAGAGUGUGUGCACGCUGCAGAUCACAGACACAACGGGCAGUCACCAGUUCCCAGCCAUGCAGCGGCUGUCCAUCUCCAAGGGCCAUGCCUUCAUCCUGGUGUUCUCUGUCACCAGUAAGCAGUCGCUCGAGGAACUGGGGCCCAUCUAUCAGCUCAUUCUGCAGAUCAAGGGCAGCGUGGAGGACAUCCCUGUGAUGCUGGUGGGCAACAAGUGUGAUGAGACGCAGCGGGAGGUGGACACACGUGAGGCCCAGGCCGUGGCCCAGCAGUGGAAGUGCGCCUUCAUGGAGACCUCAGCCAAGAUGAACUACAACGUCAAGGAGCUCUUCCAGGAGCUGCUCACACUGGAGACACGCCGCAACAUGAGCCUCAACAUCGAUGGCAAACGCUCCAGCAAGCAGAAGAGGACAGACCGCAUCAAGGGCAAAUGCACCCUCAUGUGAGACCAGAAUGCCACCUGCCGUCCCCAGUCCCUGAUGCCUCUCCACACCCUUCUCUGUCUCAUCCUCCUCUUCCUCCCUCCUCCAGCAUCCUGGCUGGCCAGCCUGUGGCAGAGCUAGGACUCUUUCCCCCUACUCCCUGCCCUCCCAUUCCAUCUGUACCCUAAAACCAUCUCUACCCUAAAACCAAGAGCUGGAGACAGCUACCUGUCCCCCUUCAUGUGCAUGGGAAAAUGGGGAGCCAGCAAGAGGGGCUGCUUGUCCCCACCAGGUCAGGAGGAGGUGGCAUUUCUUCCAUCUCUGCCCAAGGACCCCCAUCUCCUCUUUCCCUCGGACCUGCACCCCAGACCUGCACCCCAUCUUUCAUAUUUGAUCACUGUGACCUUCUGGGGGGGGGUUGAGAUACACAUCGACCUCAGAUUUUCUUUCUUUCCAUUGGUGUUUAACAUACACCCUACCCUGUCCAUCAUGACCUCUGACCUGUGCCUCCUCCUUGGAUCCCCAAACAACCCUCUUGCCCCUGUCCCUACACUGGGGUGGGGAUGGGGCCCAUGGGAUUGGCCUCAGGCCACCAGGCAAUAACCACAGGCCCUGCAGCAGCACCCCUGCCAGCAAGGUGAGAUAGAGGUGGAGACCAAGGGAGGCCCAGAAACUGCCGACAGCGACAGCACAACUUCAGCGACUGUCCGGCAAGGGCGCACCUGGCGCAGUGAGCACAGGGGUUUCCUGGACACCCCCCACCUGAGGACCCGCCCCUUCUAUUGAGACAGAGACGUUGGCAACGCCUGGGUUGGGGGUCUAGAGUGGUGGGAGGGGAUGCUUGGAGCUUUGGUGAGAGACACAAACUAUACCCCCUCUGGGGCAGGCUCUGGGACCAGUACCAGCAGCUCUGGGACCAGUACCAGGCAGAAUUCUGUUCAGCUCCUCCCACCAGCUGUACCCAAGAAGGUGGUGCCCUGAAGAUGGGGGACACCUACAGCUUUGAGAUUCUGGGUAACUCCACACUCACGCAACCCCGUGUGGGGUGCUGUGUCAACAGACAUGGAGGUGACUGUGGAACUGUGCAUGUGUGUGGCUUGGGGUGCAUGGAUGAGUGGCGUGUCUGCCUUUGUGUGCAUGUACCAUUGGGAUGGUAUACUUUUCUUCAACAGUCUGUGCUUGUAGUAAUGGUAUAGGGUGUACAUAGAGGUGGGUAGCUGCAGGUCCACGCAUGUGGUUGUCAAUAGGACUAGAUUUCUGUGACAUGUCCAUGUAAAUCUUUGUACCCGUAUGAGUGUGACUGUGUUUUCAGGAGUGGGUGAGUGUUUUAUCUGAGAACAUUUAUCUGUGAACCUGACACUAUCUGACACUAUCUUUGACUCUUAGCAAGGUAACUCUUGGCCCUAAAUCUGAAUCUGCCAGCCAUUGCCAUCAUAACAAAUUGCCACAAAUGUAGCAACUUCAAACAGCACACAUUUAUUAUCUAACAAUUUCUGUGGUCAGGUUAACUGGGUUCUCUUCUUGGGAUCUUAGGAGGCUGCAAUCAAAGCAUUGGCCAGAUGGGGGUCUUAUCAGAAGGCCCAAAGGGGGAAGGAAAUUCUUCCAGGGCUCAUGGGGUUGUUGCAACAUUCAGGUCCUUGUGGUAUGGAGUCUUUCGUCCUUACCAUGGCUGUUGGCUGGAAGCUGCCGCGUGGACCUCUCCAUAGGAUGACUUGGAAUAGAGCAUCAAGGGAGAGAGAGUAAACCAGUAUCCCAGAUGGAUGUUGUAUUCUUACUGGGUAUGGGGGAGUGGCAUGUGCAUGCCUGUGUUGCUUGUGAGAGAGGUUGAACUCAUGUGGCUCUGUGGUCAUAUGACUAGGUGGAACUUUGUAGGUAAGAGGGAUUUUUUGUGUGUCUGACGUCAUAUCAGCAUGUUUAUCUUCCUCUUUAUUCGUGUGACUGUUCACUCAACAGAUGUUUACUAGGCAUAUUCUGAGGGACACACAGAGAGAGAGUGUGUGUAUGUGUGUGUUGCUACCCAGCAUGUGGACAGGGCCCCCCGAAAGAGCCGGCACCUUGUGUCUGAUCAUACCUGAGUCCCCUGAACCUGCCCUGGGAGUGGCUUCUGGGCUUUGAAAGUGCUGAGAGGGUGAGGCUGGGCAGGGGGUCUGCGGCCCUUUCUCAGGGACACACCCUGAUAGCACAAUCUCCCUGGGGCCCCGCCAACCUCCAUACCUCUCCCACCCCAGGCCCUGCCCCGACCUUGGGGAGAGAGAAGGAUUCUCUCUGGAUGCUGCCCACCCUGCCUGGGCAUCCCCGGUGCUGGGGACCAUGCCAGGCCCCGCUUGCUGUGACCCUGGCCCUCUCCCCCUAUCCCCCGCAUGUGGGUGCCCCACCCCCCAUUGUGGGGGGGUCUGUGUCGCAUUCCCUCUAGACAUAGUCUUCCUGCAAUAAAGUGGAUCCUGCAAUC